AUGGAAGAAUUCUUGAGGGACAGUCCCUCGGACUAUAACUCCAACAACCCCAGCAACACCACUACCACUCCCAACUUCAACUAUAAUACGAACUAUUCGAAUCCAACUAAUGCCAACUCUAAUGCCAACAACGCUAAUUCCAAUAACUCUAAUUACAAUGCAAAUGCCAAUGCCAACCACAACAUCAGCCAGUCAAACAGUGCCAUCAACUUCAGCAGCAUUCCUUUGAAUUUAGAUAAUGUCAACAGCAGUGGCGAUGCGCUUGUUUCCAACUCGCUGGGCUUCCCUGUAGGUCCGGGAAGCGACUUCUUGAGCACUACGACUUCGUACUAUAGCAACAAUUCAUUUGCAGGAGGCAACAACAACACGAACAAUAAUAGCAACAAUAUAAAUAUCAAUAGCGGAUUUCUCAACGACCCUUCGCAACUCGGCAGUGGUUCUAAUUCUCUUACAAAUGAACCGUUCCUUGACGACAUUGCUGGGAUGCUUCCUACAGCUUCGUUUCAGCCACAGCUGCAGCUUCCCAUUCAGCAGAAUCAGCAGAACCAACAGAACUACCAGCCGCAAUUCAUCAACCCAGUGAACACAUCUACCAAUUUAGACGAGCUCAUAUCACCACAGAACAAUUCGAAUUUCCUUGCCACAGACGCCUUUGCCAACUCGCAGUACUUUUCUCCUCCUAACCGGAACGGUUUCAACUCGCUAGAUGCAAUUCCAGAAAACGCGUUCCAGAACCAAAUCGGUAGUACUGCUCUCAGUCCUAAUUCUCGACAGGGAAGUAUAGCCGUGCCUGCUCCAGACUUCCAAUCAGGUUCGUAUCUAUCGCCUCAAGGUAACCCUCCAUACUUGUCGCCCAACUACGACUUUGAUACCUUGAGAUCGCCUCCUUUGAACUCGUCCUAUUUAGGCUCUCCUCCACAAACGACGAGACUACCUUCCAAUGCCAAUGCCUUUAGCACAAGUAUCCCCAUCAACGCAACAGUUAGGGCCGAUACGUUAUCUCCUACACCUUCAUCAGCUUUGAGCACGUCUGUUCCUAGCGGCGGUGUGAACCAUCUUUCAAGGGACGUCUCUACCAAACAAUUGUCAAAAGAGGAGAAGAUGAAGAGAAGAAGGGAGUUCCACAAUGCAGUGGAAAGAAGAAGACGUGACUUGAUCAAAGAAAAGAUAAAGGAAUUGGGCUUGAUUGUUCCCCCAUCAUUAUUGAAUCCACCGUUAUCGGCGGUCCAGACAUUGCAGAGGAACCCUUCCAUGAACUCAAACGAAAUAAACGACUUAUUGAGCACCAUUAAAGUGAAGGAAACAAAGCCUAACAAGAGCACCAUUCUUAAUAAGUCGGUGGAUUACAUAAAGCACUUGAAUUAUGUCUUGAGCCAGCAAGAAAUAGAACGUGCUCGUUUAGAAGAGCGUAUCAGCAAUUUGGAAAACGAAGACUCAAACCUUGGUGACAACUACCAAACCAGUAGUGAUCCUACAGGACAGGCUUCGGUACCGUAUAUUGAUCAAUUGGGAACGGUGAAUACUGGUACCGCUGGCAGUGAUGCGUUCAACCCUGACGACUUCUUUACGGAUAUCUUGGGAUCGUCGAAUGUGAAUUCCAAUGAUAAUGAUUACUUAUGGUCUGGAAAUUGA